CCACCCUGCCACCGGACGUUACCCUCCUGUACUACCUUGCCACCGGAGGAUACCCUCCUGUACCACCCUGCCACCGGAGGAUACCCUCCUGUACCACCCUGCCACCGGAGGAUACCCUCCUGUACCACCCUGCCACCGGAGGAUACCCUCCUGUACCACCUUGCCACCGGAGGAUACCCUCCUGUACCAACCUGCCACCGGAGGAUACCCUCCUGUGCCACCCUGCCACCGGAGGAUACCCUCCUGUACCACCCUGCCACCGGAGGAUACCUUCCUGUACCACCCUGCCACCGGAGGAUACCCUCCUGUACCACCUUGCCACCGGAGGAUACCCUCCUGUACCACCCUGCCACCGGAGGAUACCCUCCUGUGCCACCCUGCCACCGGAGGAUACCCUCCUGUACCACCUUGCCACCG